UAGUUCCCACAAGUCUUCCAGUCUCCCAAAUUCCAAGUGAACAGGGGUGUUACUAUAUUGCAAACAAAGAAUUCUCAACCUCUACAAGUUAUCACUCUUGUUCUGAAUUAGAGGAGUAGAUCUUCUUAUUCUUCUUCCUUUGCGGCGCUUUCUUCUUGUUGAUCAGUUGGGAAUUCUCGGAUGGCUCCGGUGGCUUUGUUUAUUCUCUCCGUUCUUGCUCACCUUGUGGUUCUGCACUCUGCUGAAGCCAAACAUUGUCCAGUCCAAUUCUGCAGCUCAGCAGGCAACAUCAGCUUCCCCUUCAAAAGCACGGGAGAUCCUCCUGAAUGCGGAUUGUUCACAGUCGAUUGUUCAGACCCCGAACGGCCAAGAAUCCAAUUGAAAGGGGGAGGAUACUGGCAUGAAUUCCAAGGCUCUUUAGCGUCCACUUCGAUUUUUAUCAAAGACAGAGACCUUGCCGGCCGCUUAGAAAAGGAUCACUGCAACGACGGAGCUUUCGACGAAUUGAGUCUUCCCAGCGCUUCUCCUAUCCCUGGAGUAUCAUUAUCCACACUCAACCUUACCCUUAUCAAAUGCAACAUCUUGGACAAAACUUCUUCUCCACAACCUAAGGAUGGCUGCGGAAAUACUUACCAUACUUACUAUAUCAAUUCAUCUAACAAUAAUUUACCUAACCCUCUGCCACCAAGGUGUGAAACCAUGCAGGUCCCCAUGCGUCCGUCUCAACCCAACAUGUCCUCUUCAUUGACAGCUGAGUUUUACCUCCACGUGUCAGCACCAGAAUGUUUUCGAUGUACUGAAAGCAAAGGUGAAUGCCUGGUUCUAGAGGGAAAAUUUAAAUGCGCCAAAGGAGAUAAGCAGUUGAAUUUGAAGCUAGGACUAGUUGGUGCAGCCUCUGUUAUCGUCGUUCUAGUUGUUGUCUGCUGUUUCUUUUGGAAGAAGCGUAUCCAAAAACAUCAAAUUGUUGAGGCCUUUCUAAGGAGCUAUGGGCCGCUUCAAGUUCAAAGGCAUAGCUAUUCGGAGGUCAAGAAAAUGACCAACUCCUUCAAAGAAAAAUUAGGACAAGGAGGCUAUGGUGCUGUUUACAAAGGAAAAUUAAAGGACGGCCGUCUUGUAGCAGUGAAGGUCUUGACCAAACUAAAAGGAGAUGGAGAAGAAUUUAUGAAUGAAGUGGCAGCCAUUAGUCGAACUUCCCAUGUCAACAUCGUCUCCUUGUUGGGCUACUGUUUUGAGGGUUCGAAGAGGGCUCUGAUCUAUGAAUUCAUGCCUAAUGGAUCGCUCGAGAAGUUCAUAUUUGAUGCAAGUACUCCCAAGAAUGAUCAUCAUCACUUGGGAUGGGAAACUCUGGAUCAAAUUUCACUUGGUAUUGCUCAAGGAUUGGAGUACUUACAUCGUGGUUGCAACACACGAAUUUUGCAUUUCGACAUCAAGCCUCACAACAUUCUUCUCAGUGAAAAAUUCAUCCCAAAAAUCUCGGAUUUUGGCCUUGCCAAAAUAUGCAACAUGAACGAGAGCAUUGUGUCGAUGUUGGGAGCUAGAGGUACACCAGGUUACAUUGCUCCAGAAGUAUUUUCUAGAAACUUUGGAAAGGUCUCGCACAAGUCUGAUGUGUACAGCUACGGAAUGAUGCUUUCGAAGAUGGUUGGAGGAAAAAAGAACAUCGACACUGAAGCUGAAAAUACAAGUGAAAUAUAUUUUCCGCAUUGGAUUUACCAGCGUCUUGAACGGGACGAAGAGCUUGGUAUGCAGAGUGUUACAAACGAGGAAGACAAAGUAAGAGCGAGGAAGAUGAUCAUAGUGAGCUUGUGGUGUAUACAAACUGAUCCUUCAAAUCGGCCAUCGAUGAAGGAAGUGAUAGAUAUGUUGGAAGGGAGUGUUGAUUCGUUGCAUAUACCACCCAAGCCUUACUUGUCUUCUCUUCCAAAAUCCCCGGCAGAUUCGUCUUCUCCUCCAAAAUCCCCGGCAGAUUCUUCUACUACAUUGGUAUCAAUGCAGUAGAAACCCUGUAUUUUACUUGAACGAAUCUAUGCUUUCUGAGGCAAUCUAAAUAAUGAAGUAUGCAUUUCAUUUUU